AUGACGCCAAAUGAGCUAAAUUAUUCGCCAAUUGAAAAGUUAUGCUUGGCACUGGUCUUCUCAAUUCAAAAGAUAAAGCAUUAUUUUCAAGCUCAUGUUGUCCGCCUAAUUUCUAGAGCAAAUCACAUCAAGUUUGUCAUGUCAAAACCUGUCCUUAGUGACCGACUAGCAAGAUGGUACCUCCAAUUCCAACAAUUUGAGAUUGUGUACAUCCCUCAAAAAUCUGUGAAAGGACAAGCACUAGCGGAUUUCUUAAAAGACCAUCCUAUACCAAAUGAUUGGGAAUUAACUGAUGAGUUUCUUGAUGAAGAUGCGAUGUUAAUUGAAGUUCAACCUCCUUGGAAAAUGUACUUUGACGGGGCUGCACAUUGCGGCGGAGCCGGUGCUGGUGUGGUGUUCAUCACUUCAAAAGAAGAGAUUCUACCAUUCUCUUUGACUCUAAAACAAUGUUUCUCCAAUAAUGUCGCUGGAUAUCAAGCACUGAUACUUGGACUUGAAAUGGCCGUUGACAUGAAACAAUUACAUUUACUGGUCUUUGGUGAUUCUCAAUUGAUAGUACCACCGUCAAAUGAGGAAGAAUAUAUUGAAAAUAAGCUUGAUCAUAUCGUCGCCAUUGUUGAAGCUGUGAAGGAAGAUUGGAGACAACCCAUCAUUGACUACCUAUGUUAUGGGAUACUUCCAGAAAAUCCAAGAAAAAGAACUGACAUACGUCGUCGUGCACCUCGUUUCCUUUACUACAAGGAUACAUUAUAUAGAAAAUCAUUUGAGGGUAUGUUAUUACGAUGUUUGGGAGAGGAAGAAGCGAUUCAAGCUCUGCAAGAAGCACACUCAGGAGCUGAAGUGGUCGCUCUAAAAGAGGUGAAGAAAGAGAAUGCUGCAAAUUUUAUCCGAGUAAAUAUUAUCUAUCGCUUUGGCAUCCCUCGAUAUAUAAUAACAGAUAAUGGCAAACCAUUUGAUUACAAGUUAAUGAACAAGAUUUGUGAUCUUUUUGACUUUAAGCAUCAUAAAUCUUCUAUGUACCAUGUUGCCGCUAAUGGUCUUGCUGAAGCAUUCAAUGAAACUCUAUGCAACCUGCUUAAGAAAGUUGUCUCCAAAUCCAAACGGGAUUGGCAUGAAAGAAUGGAAGAAGCUUUCUGGGCAUAUAGGACAACAUAUCGCACACCAACUCAAGCAACACCAUAUUCACUUGCUUUUGGAGGUGAAACAGUCCUGCCACUCGAGCGUCAAAUACCCUCCUUAAGACUUGCUAUUAAAGAAGGGCUCACUGAGGAAGAAAAUUCUCGAUUACGUCUUGCUGAGUUAGAAGCACUUGAUGAAAAGAGUAAAAAGGUUCGCUUGAGAUGCUUUCAAGUUGGAGAUCAAGUUCUCGCAGUAAGAAGACCAAUCAUUACUUCGCACAAUUCUGGGGGCAAAUUUACCUCAAAGAGGGAUGGACCAUAUGUCGUACAAGAAGCAUAUUCAAAUGGUGCUUACAAGCUUGUUGAUAUUGAUGGCUUAAGGAUCGGUCCUAGUAAUGCCAAAUUUCUAAAAAGAUACUAUCCUUGA